CCUCACUUUCCGCCGCCGAUGCCGAGUUUCGUCGCGUCACAUAUCAGAAGCCAACGGGGGGAUGUCAUCUAUCUCACUUCGGGACUGGGCUUAAGCCUCUCUCUCUCUCUCUCUGUUUCUGUCUCCGCCCAAGCCUCUUUUCAAACUGAGUAGAGUAGCACACCUCCAACUGGUGGGCCGUCGUCUGGCUACAGUCUGCAAGGCGCCGACAAAAGAAACAUCACGGCUCCAGUGUGGCGCUGUCAACUGGUCCUUCUUCCAUCUGCCUACUCAUUCUUCGUUACUUGGCCACGCCUAGUUCGCGCCCCCGGGUUCCCACUCCUCAGGUAUCUCUGGAGAACCCUCGUGGACGCCGCGCCCCGAGCUGCCCAGACCAAAGGGAAUAACAAGAAAAAGAAAGAAAAACUUCGUAGACGAGGCAUCUUGACCCCCCGAGUCUCAGCGCCACGAGCUCACCAAGCGGCCCCUAGACAACCGACUAAAGCUCUUAGUGACGCCUUGUUCCUCCCUUGACCUGCCCUGAGGCGUAGUAGACACCCCUCUCUUCCCGUUGUGCGCCGCCGUCGCUUCUUCUUCCCUUCCCUUGGUGACAACCUGGCCGCCCAACACUAGCUUGGCUGGAAAGAGAGAUAGAGAAAGGCAGAGAGACAGUAAGAGGUAACUCGAGAGGUCUGGCCGUGGCGUCAGCCUCCAGGCCACUAACACUCGUUCCCACCAUUUUGCACGGACGCCUCCCCGCGAUGGUUUGACGCUUCCACUGGUCGCCAUCUGCCACCGUCUGCCUCCCCUCCCGCAUGUUCGCUCGUUCGUUCCAACGGUCGCCCGGAGGGAUAAGAACAAAUAUCGAUCCUGCCCAUCCGCGUCCCUGCGCUCAGGAAAAGAGCGAGAGAUGAUCCAAGUGCUGCUGCACGACCCUUGACUUAAUAUUGCGGCACCUCUCUUCCCUUUCUCUCUCUCCGUCCGUUUGUCUCUUACGGCCCUUUUUCUCCUCCCUCCCUUCACCUCCACCUCCCUCCACCCUCCCCUUCUUCAUCUCUUGGGAGGCGAUGAACAGACGUCGUUUUUAAGCCCCAGGAGCACAUCAACCUCCGAUCCACCUCUCAUCCCGGUUGCGUGAUCAUCCGUCAUUCCAUUUCGUCGACGGGGUGUCACCAAGCGAGACCCUCGUUGUCCGUCCAGAUUCGCUUGCUGCGCCGCAGGCAAGUCGCUCGCUCGCUCGCUCGUCCAAGAAGAGAUCCACCAUCAUUGUGCGACUUGCUCCAAACGUCUUGCGCCCAUCAACACCUCGCCCGGUCUACGGUAAAUUUCUCGGGCAUGACGUCCCAAACCAUCAUCAGUUUACACCUCUGAAGCCUCUCGAUCACUACUCGGCUCGACGCAAUGGGCUUCUCAGAGAACAACCUCAACGGACGCAGCGAGGUCAUGGUCGUCUCUUCAGAGUCGGGUCCGCCGCGCCUCGACCUGACACUCACCAGAGGUCGCCGGGGUACCUUUGACAGUUUCGACAGCGACUUGGAACGGAGCUUCUACCCUCGCACGGCACGCUCGUCCAAUGACCUCUUCACACAGGCCCUCGGCAGGGUGGACACGGCAGAUGGCGACUCCGAAUGGGGCGCAGUCCGCGCGAGAGCCAGAGGCAAUAGCGACAGAGAGGGCAUGGCAGACCUCAUCGAUUUUCUCAGGACCACGUCGCCGCCGCCGGAAUUCCCUCCACAGUCCGUGUUCGACGAGGAUACUGCCGAGCCGCAAGAACAGUCCGAGAAAUGGGGGCUCCUCAAGAAGCUGCGCCGCCCGCGUACGCGGGCAAGGUCCGAGUCGCCUGCCCGUCGGCCUCUCACCGCAGGCCUUCCCAACUCUGCCGUCGCGUCCAAGACGGCCAGCGGCAACUCGCAUAUCGCAAUUUCCAUUCCAUUGGAGUACUGCCACGUAGGGCCGGAUUCCGAUUGGGCCCUCGCAAUCUUCAACGCCACACCGCCGCUCCCGCCAACUCCCCCAGUGCGGAGCAGCGACGAAGAAAGCGGAAAUGGCUUCGCCAGGCCUUAUGCCAGUGAGCGCUCGGUCACUGUUCUCAAGACUGUCAGCGAGAAGGGGUCCGUCUCGACACUCAGCACCGUCAACACGACGAGCACCCGGAGGCGAGCCAAGGGCUCCGUGUCCAUCUGGCCCAAGAUCAACUCGACUCCCAUGAGCCCACCGAGGACGCCGUACACCACGCCACCAGGAAGUAUGCGCGGGCAUCCUUCGACCAAGACGCAUCGCGAUCGCAUGCCCCCACCCCCACCACAGUAUGCCGAACUGCCCGCAGAUCCUGUUCCUGCAGGCAGAAGGCCCAACGGCAGUCUCGACAAGGGUUUCGUCUUCGCCAGGGACGAAAGCUCUCUGUCACAGGCGGCAAGUCGAAGCCCACGGAAGCCCAGGACCAAAUCAGCCCCUAAGCGUCCUGAGAACAUUACCUUGCCGCCGCGCAGAUCGAGUAUCAAGAUAGUGAGGCCUCGAGAGGAUCCUCUACUAGAUAGCCAACGUUCGAUUGCCGGAUUAAUCGGCGGCAACUCGCGGGGCCAGAAUGCAGCAUGCGACGCACCCCAGCUAAGUCCUGCUGCCCUCUCAGAGUCAUACUCCAUUAGUCCGAGUAUCGCGACAACAGAGUUAUCGGAGCCCGUGGUCUCAAGCGCGCGGUCCGCAAAGGCUUACUCCAUGGCGUCCAUCGUGCGCCCAGACUUGCCGUCCGCAACACCUAGACAGUCGUAUGUUGCCCGGCCGGGAAGCAGCGACACGGCGCAGACCACCUUGGUCGCCGAGUCCGUGGCCUCUCGGAACCCGUCAACGAGGACCGCGGAAUCGAGACAGAGCCGAAAAGAGCGUGUAAGGUCUCUCAAGCAGCGGGACAUGGAGGCAAUCAAAGCUCUGGCGAAACAGGCGCAACAUGACGAGGACGGUGAGGUGACUCCGAGGCCGAGGACCUGCGACACGGCCAUUAGUUCACUACGGCUUCCUUCUCGCGACGGGACUUUCGGCUUCAAAGGCCAUCUCCCUGUCCAUUGCAUCGAGACGAAGCUGUCUGCCACGAACCUAGCCAGCAUGUCCAAGUCGCACAACAAGUCGCCAGCUGGUCUUGCGAACGGCACCUCGGUCAACAUCACAGACUGGCAGGCCACUCAAGAAGCCGAGACACCGGGAUGGGAGACUGCUCGAGAAGAGUUGACGCCUGGCUGGGAGACUGCCCAGGAGACCCCGACGAUAAACUGGGAAAAGACGCCGCUUCUGGCCGAUAUGACGGAAGAUUAUCAAAGGAUCUCGAUCGCCGUAGGCAAUGGCGACGUCAGGGACAGCACGAUGAGCUCCGAACCUCCCCGUCGGUGGGGGAGUCUUCACCGUACCAGCUGGGCGAGCUCGGUGCCGCUCUUGGAUCGCAUCGGCAGUUUCGCGCCAUCCGAUGCGAGUGACGCACACUUCGCGGAGAUGGACGGUAGCCACCCGCAUCCACGCGGGACUCGGACGUCGCGUGCCGACUCUGCCACGCUCUCGUUGACGGACGCGCAUCGGUUGUACUUGAACCGCUUCAGCUUCUUCGACUCUGACGAUCAGGCCCGCGUAGAUCCCGCCGAGGGUGACCAGUCCAUCGCUGGCAGCAUCGCAGCGUUCCCCAAACCCGGCUCCGGCGCCGGCCCUCGCUUGAGCGCCAUCAUGCCCGUUGCCGAGGUGAUCCCCUCGCUUUCCGUUGACGAGAGAUGGUCGGCUUCGACUCUCAACUCGCCCAUGACCGUAAUCGAAGUUUCACACCCGCCCUUCGCCGGCAACCAGACACCGCGGCAGGGCCCGACGCACGUCGCUCGCCCGUACACGGUUGGAAACACGAACCCAGCCCUCCUCAGCGUUUCCAGGGACCAAGGGCACGCCAGCGGGAGCAGCAAGCGGGAGCCCGCGCUUCAAGACGGCGACGCGGACGAGACGGCGACUCUGCGCCCCAAAAGCCGUUCUGGGGAAGAAGGUUCUGUCGGGUUCCUGAACACAUCGGCCCGCGAGCUCCGCAACCACUACGCCAACCUUCGAAGCGCACGCGUCAACGACCUUGCACACGAGAUGCUCUUGAACCAAGAGCGUCUCGAGAUGCGCAUGCACCAGCAGGAGCGCAAUCAGAUGCUCUUCAUCGAACGGCUCGAGAGGUGCAUGAGUGAGCUCCGCGGCCUCCCUGACCACCCCUUCCUGGGCCCCCGCCCGGUCGAAUGGCCGCUCCACGACGAGGAGGAGGACUACAUCUACGAGUCACAGCGCAUCAGCCGCGAUGCGAGACACGACGUGCGCGUUUGCAGAACGGGCCGGCCACUCGGUCACAGCCGAUCGCUGCAGCAGCACCACCAUCAACAGCAACCCGGGUCGCGGCGCUCCUCUCGUCGGACCGUGGACGACGUCGCAGGGGGUUUCGACGAUGUAGACGGCGCCUUCGCCGAGCAGAGAUCGAGACGGCCGUCGACGUCGCACAGCAUGCCACGCAGGGUCCGGGCCAGCCGGCAUCAGGCCGUUAUGACGGCGCCGUUGACGAUAUUAGGCGAGCUAGACGCUAUGAAUCCGCUGAUCCGUGAGCUGCAGCUGGCAUCGAGGGUCAGUCUUGAGGCGGCGCAGGCGGAGAGGACGGAGGCGUCGCGGGGCCGGCAUUCGGAUGAUUAUCGUUACGACAUCAUAUAAUGGGUGACGGGCCGCUGGGCUGCUCUUUCUUUCUACUUUCUUCUCCUUUCCUUCUCUCUUACCCUUCUUCGUUUUCCAUUUCCUUCUUUGCUCGGGAAUCGCGGCGGUGCGAGACCGCCGAUCGCCGGGAUCAGUCGCGCGGGUCUGUAUUGGACGGGCAUAGCCUUUAUGAAAUGUGUAAUUUGACGAUGAUGUUUUUUCUUUUGUCAGGACCGAGAUGCGCAGGCAGGUGCUGUACGGGCGAGGUCGGUCUUUGGGAAGAGAGUGAGCAAUACCCCCGGGCUCACUCACAGGUGUGUCUGUGUGCAUGUACGCGUGCGUGUUCGUAUGUGUGUUGUUUCAUUCUCAUGUCAUGAGGAAGCUUUGAAAGCAUCCUGCACUGCUCAAGCAGCUGCGGCGAAUAGG